AUGGCCGUCGAAACAGAUCAGAGCGCCUCUGCGCAGCUCGGAGAGGCUGUUGUUGCAUUUGCGCUCGAGGGACACUUCCCUGACGAGCAGGUGUCAUCGCUGUCGCUGUCCUCGUCAGAUCUGUCGCCUGCGAUCGAUGCGCUGGAACGAGCCAAGGGUGAUUUGGAGUCCGAAAUCCACACGAUAAACGAGGAGACCAAGGGCGACGUCAGCUCGUGGGUGCACAAUGCGAAAACACUACAGGAAGAUAUCUUGCGAUCCAAGAGGCUGGCCGAUGAUAUUGUCCGACAAUCGGAAGCGCCGCAGGUUUCAGGAAAGGCGAUACAGGAUGCAGAGGACCACAUUCAGUUUCUCGAGAAGGAGGUGCUAUACACAAACCAGCUGCACGAAGCCCUCAGGGGUAUCCAGCAUGUCAACGAGCUCUUAGGGGAGGUCGAGCAGGCGAUGAAGGAGCGGCGCAUCAUCGACUCGCUCCGGUGGUUGGAGAAAUCUUGGACAGAACUCGAUGCUGUCCCAGUCAACAAGAAGGCAUGUCGAAUCAUGAGGCUUCUCGACGUGAGAGCUUUCGAGCUAAAGUCACACGUUCACGACGUUUUCGACCACGUGUGGGCAUCGCUCGUCCACACGGAUCUCGAAGCCGGGUCCCUGGCAAUCUACAAUAAGUUGGAUGACGAGCAAAUGACGCUGUCAGAAGCCAUCAUCGGUCUCCAAGCCUACAAGGAGGUUGAAGACCGCAUGUCCAAGCUGUGGCACGAUGUUGACAAGGCCAUUGUCUUUCCGCGAAUGGACGCUCAAGCUUCAUCACUGCCGUCCAUCCGCGAGACUGAAAACGUUGUGGAACUGAACGGUCAAGCUGGAAGAUCAAUCGACGAGUUAUUUGCGGACCUCCAAAAGGUGGUUGAGUUCCUGGCCAAGAGACUGACACCUGAUCUCCUCAUGUUCUUCAGCCCCAUCAUGAUGAGCGACCUGGUACCGAGGCUCAUCUCAGUGUGGCUCGACUCAGAAGUGCCUUCGAAUCUGAAAGACCUCGGGAGGUUCCAGGCCGUAAUCGAAUCUGCGAGGCGGUUUUGCGAGGUCCUUGAAAACAACGGCUUCACUGGGUUUACGGAGCUCAAGGAAUGGGUUGGCAGUGCGCCGUCAAUAUGGCUUGCAAAGUGCAGGGAAACGGCCCUUGAUUCGGUGAGGGUGCAAAUGUCAAACGGCCUUGGCACCACGAAACAAGUCGAAAAGGUGGAAAAGCAAAUGGUAUCACGUUCCGAAGGCAAGGAGUUGACGGCGAACGGUGUAGCCGGCACCGUUGCAGAGGAUGACUGGGGUGCAGAAUGGGGGGUCGACGACGAUGAAGAGCCGCCAGAAGUCAAGGACGAUACUCAGGAGGAAGAUGACGGUGCCGACGCAUGGGGGUGGAAUGAUGAGGAGCAAACUACGGAGAGCGCACCGAAAACGACUGCGCCGGUCGAGGAGAAGACGGCAGACGACGAGGAUGACGCAGCCGACGCGUGGGGUUGGGGGGAUGACGAUGCGACAGCACAAACGGAGCCGGAGCCGAAGCCUCAAGCACCAAAGACGCAAACGAAAAAGCACAAGACGGUGUCUACUGAGCCAGAUGAGAGCAGGGAGAUGGUUCUCAAGGAGACGUACCACAUCUCCUCCAUGCCGGAGCCGGUGCUGGAGCUUAUCCUGGCCCUGCUGGAAGACGGCGCGGCUCUGACCCAGCCAGAGUACGAGAGCAGCCCAGUGGCAGCCGCCGCCCCGGGUCUCUUCAGUUUGCCGACGUUCGCAUUAGCCAUGUUUCGAGCAGUGUCGCCGCAUUACUACUCACUCGACAUUGGCGGGAACAUGUUCCUCUACAACGAUGCCAUGUACUUGUCCGAGAAGCUGGCUGAUUUGGCAUCAACGUGGAAAUCACGCGAGGACCUGACCGCACGCGCCCAAAACAUGCUGCGCAUAGAUAACGACAUCAAGAGCCUGCAGAAAUUUGCGACACGCGCAUACACUAACGAGCUCGGGUUGCAGAAAACGGUGCUGCGAGAUCUGCUAGGAGGCGAUCAAAGUCUCAUGCAGCAGGAUGAACUGGACAGUUGCGUGGACUCGGCACUAGCGCGGGUCAGAUCCAUGGCGGUGACAUGGGAAUCGAUUCUGGCACGUUCGGUGUGGUACCAGGCGGUGGGGUCGCUCUUGGAUGGCCUGUCGUCCAAGAUUAUCGGCGAUGUCAUGGACGCGUCGUCCAUCGGACAGGACGACGCGUACGGGAUCGCGAAGCUGAUUGCCAAGGUCACAGAGCUCGACGACCUCUUUCUGCCGUCGCGGACCACGACCACGACCACGACCACGGCGGGGUCGGCCGCGGACGAGAUACCGACAACGGCGCAGUACGCAGCCACGUGGCUCCGUCUCAAGUACCUGAGCGAGGUGCUCCAGUCCAACCUCAAUGAGGUCAAGUACCUCUGGUGCGACAGCGAGCUCAGCCUGUACUUUUCGGCGGACGAGGUCGUGGACCUCGUUGAGGCUAGCUUCGACGCUAAUCCGCGGAUGAGGGAGACCAUCCGGGCGAUUCGGGAGACACCAAGCCCCGUGCACGGCUAA